CAUGAAAAACCAGGAAUUCUCCCCCCGCAGCUCCCGGAUUCCCCAUCCCUGCGCGGAUAUUUGGGGAGGAAAGGUCGGAUCCCGGGAUCGGACGCUGCCCCCGAUCCCCCCUGGAGCCGUUUCUGCGAUUUCCGCGAGAUCACGCACGUGGUGCUGCGGCAGCGGCGGCUCAGCGUGCACCGCCACGACAACCAGAGCCUGGAGUUUGUUUUCUCCAAGCUGCGCCGGGAGGAGCCGGAGGACGGGCUCUACGUUCUGCGCUGGAGCGUUCUGGAUUUCAACCGCCUCAUCCUGUCGGUGGCCAAGAGGAGCCCGGAGCAGGCCCCCGGUGCUCCCGCAUCUCUCACAUUCCGGCAGUUCCGGAUCCAGAGCGAAGGCGAUUCCUUCACCCUGGAGGGUUGGGAUCGUUCGUUCCCCUCGCUGCGGGAGCUGCUGCAGGCGCUGCACGGCUGCACCCU